AAAGUAGAAUGCUUUUUAAACCCGUUGAGCAGGAGUAUAUAUAGGAGCUAUAUCUAUCAGUUUGUUUGAAUAUAUGCGAAGUAUUGAAUGGUUUAAAUUUUUAAAGAUUGCAACGCUUAAACCCUAUAAUAGAAAGUACAUUCUCACGGAAUAUUUGUGUACCUUCAAAUUGAUACCGAACCGCUUCAUCGAUUGAUUUCAAUCAUAGAUGUUUUGGCACAUACAUUAAAUCGAAUUUCGCUAUAUUGAUACUGACUUGUAAUUUCGGAGUGGUACAUUUCUGUAGAUUUAAAAUCUAAAUAUAUGUCACUAUAGAUGUGGAGUCUAGGGAAUAACAGUGGUCUUUAUCUGGAGUUGAUACUAGCUGUGGCAAUGCUGUCAAUGCAAAUUAUUGCAACGAACGAAGUACACAGGAUCGAAUCGGAUGAAGCUAAUAUACGCAACCCAGGCAGUCGAAAUGUAACACAUAAGGCAACUACCCCCGAGAAGCAGUUCGACCCUGGGAAUCUGCUAGUGACCAUGUACCACCCAUGGACCGCAUGGACAGAAUGCAACAACAAGUGCAUUCAAUCUAGGAAACGACAUUGCAAAAAGUAUCUCCAUUGUGGCAACAGCUAUAUAAAAGAAAAACGCAACUGUCAUAAAGACAAAUGUUCACACAAAAGUUCCAGAAAUCGAAUGAAAUUGUUGCGUUUACACAAAAAUGGUAAAUUCGUCAAACAGAUUCUUUACAAAUAUUUAUACGGCGCUUGGUCCGCCUGGACUCCAUGUUCGCGAAGCUGUUCAAAGGAAAGACGCCGCAACUGCAAACAGCCAACGAUGUGCGGCGAUAGCUAUUUGCUGGAGGAAAAGCAAUGUCGACGAAACAGCCCCACGUGUAAGCGGCAGUACGUCUUGGGGCUAUCUGUGGACGCCGAUAAAUCAGAUGCGCCGGGAAACGAUAUUGAAGAAGACGUUAAGAAGUUUGUCAAUGGCACAAUCAUUAUUAAUAAUGAGAUAAAAAAGCAUAUGAAAUCCAACGUGCUGUCAUCGAUGUCCGACACAUGUGGUCUUAAAAAGCCACAACAAAGAGGAAGUUAUAGAAUAGUCCAAGGGCAUGAGGCGCGGAAACAUUCUUGGCCAUGGCAGGUGUCAAUACGUGAGAAAAAUGGCCAGCAGUUUUGUGGAGGCACUUUAAUCGCUCCGCAAUGGAUUCUAACAGCUGCGCAUUGUGUUAGAAAACGCAAACGCAAACGUCACGUUCUUGUUCGCGUCGGCGAUCAUGACAUUGACGAUUUUGACGCCGGGGAACAAAAGUUGAAGAUCGAAGAUUUCCCACAUUCGAGAUAUAAUUAUAACACUAUUACAAAUGAUAUAGCUUUGUUAAAACUAGAAAAACCUGUACUCGAAUCACACGCGGUAAGCUUUGCCUGCCUACCUGAGGCAAAUGAUAAAAUUGAGAAGCGUUUUGCCACUUCCGGCGAACUACCCAUAUGUUAUAUUAUUGGAUGGGGAAAGACUAAAAACACAGAUUUAAACGGGUCAAGGAUGCUGCGGGAAGCACAAAUUCCACUAGUGGAUAGAGACACUUGUCAAAAAGCUUUUGAAUAUCCAAUAUAUAAAACCCAACUUUGUGCUGGUAGUAAAGGAGGGGGCAUAGAUUCAUGCGCAGGUGACAGUGGUGGUCCGUUACUUUGCCAAAAGAGUGAGGAAACAGUCGGAAACACGGUGGUUAAACGAUGGACCGUUUAUGGUGUAACAAGUUAUGGAGAGGGGUGCGGAGAAAAACAAAAAUACGGAAUAUAUACCAACGUUAGAAAAUACCUUGAUUGGAUACACGAAACGAUUUCUAACAAUACAUCUGGUUUUUAGUACAUCAACUUGUGUAAUAUUUUAUAUUAAUGUAUAGGUCUUACGACAACACAGGCCUAUAAAUAUCACGGGUAUUUUUGUCGCAUUUCCGUUGAUCUUUUUGAAAUUCAUUUCGAUAUUUAUACAAUGUAAUCUUAUAGGGCUAAUAAAUGUGUUCAUUUUCUUUAAUUUAAGAAAAGGUGUCUUUAUGAAUUUAAUAUAAAUGAAUAAAUAAUACAUGUCUUUAGAAUAGACAAACGGCGUUAAAAUCUAUAUUUCAAUUUCAAUUAUGCCUUGAAAAAAAGAGACUGAUGGCCGAAAUGAUCAGUUGCGUGAUUGCUCGGUCGCCACGAAAAAAAACAUAUCGGGGUUAGAAAAUGGCUGACCCUUGAUAAAUUAUAAUAUCAAACAUUCAUAUCAGACCCCGUAUUCACAAACGAAUUGAGUCGCGUUCUGAGAAAACUGGACAUAAUGCAUGUGCGUAAAGUGUCGUCCCAGAUUGCCUGUGCAGUCCACACAGGCUAAUCAGGGACGACACUUUCCGCUUUAAUUCCAUUAUUCGUUUAAUUGAAUUCCUUCUUAGCAAAAAUGUGGACUGCACAGGCUUAUCUGAGACGACACUUUACGCACAUGCAGUAUGCCCAGUUUCCUCUGAACACGACCCAAUGCUUAUAUUUCAUAACAAGUAAUAUACUGAGACCUAGGAAAACAUACUUCAGUUUGAAUAUAUACAGGCUUAAAUGAUGUUUAUGUCAUUACCAAAGUUUCAAAUAAAAAAUGGUGUAAUUAUAGGCGUUAAAAUGCCAGGAUAUACUUAACUUUUAAGAUCUUCUAAAAUAUUACAGUUUAAGAAUAUUCUUUAUGUAUAGACUAAAGUCUAUUAACCCAUUUAUGCCUAUUGGACUCUCCCAUCCUUCUAAAUUGGAUCAAUUUAUUUCCAAAAUUAGGGAUGCCUAGUAUAUUUAUUUCUAUAUCUAGAAUAUUUCUUACAGAAAUUCCAUUAAGCAAACAGCGCAGACCCAGAUGAGACGCCGCAUCAUGCGGCGUCUCAUCUGGGUCUACGCUGUUUGCCAAUGCCUUUUUUCAAGACGCUAGGCAUAAAUGGGUUAAUCGGAUGGUGACAACAAAUCCUGUACCGGGAACAAACCACCGUUUAUGCCCCAUGUUUUCACCAUAAGGCACCUUAAUAUUAGUUAUUCAUGGAAGCAAAGUUAUAAAUGAAUUUGUCAGGAAAAUUGAAAUAAACAAUAAAUGUACA